CAGCUUGGCUGAGUCUUGAUACACGCCUGACAUGACGAGCCUCGCUGCAGCUGCACAGGCUCGUCAUUGUUAGCCGCGUAUCAGGAUUCCGCUGUGCCAACAAGCACAAAACCUGCACAAACUCGACUCUACAUGAAUGAGACAGCCUACGAGCAUUAACCUUACAGAUGCCUGCACUGUGAGUAUGUUCUUAUUAUAUCUUAUUGUACCCUUCAUUUCUCGCACUCGGCUUUGCAAACGGACGAUGGGCCUCUGCAUCGCCGAGGGCAUGUACUGAUACAUGAUGUUUCAUUCUCUUUUCCUCUACUUCUACUAUCUACAGAUCCUCGAGGGACUAACCUUUCCCUUCCCGACCCCGUCUCUGUCCUCGUCCACGCCUACGCCCCCGCUCACCGCCGCCUCUGUCCCCUGCGCCGCCACGAUGUCGGCCGCGGAGGCGUUUUAAACCUGAGACAGCGGGGAUCGCGGUCGGGGCUUUGCCUGGCUUCUUCGCGACGAUGGUGCGGUCGCGCAGCUCAACCUCGCCCUGCCGGAUCUUCUUGACGAUCUCGAGGCCGUGCGCUGUUACGACUGCUCGUCGGUAACCCCAAGAGUAGGAGGUUCUUCCCUAGGUCACUCGUGGAGGAUUGCCUAGUAGUAUUACCGACACUUUUGAGUCCACCGAUAUCCGAAACUACUGUGUUGCCAAUUAAAUGUAAAUAUAAAUAUGAAAAAAUCCUUUCUGU